GGACGCCUGUGAAUCGCGCCCGCCGGAGGGUCUCACAGCGAAAUACAAAAGCAGCUGGGAAGCGGCGGCAAGGCGAGUUCCCAGCGCCGGGCGGAGCCCCGCAGCGCCCCGCGGCCGCGAUGGGGCUGAGGCGCCCGGAGCCCGGGAGCCAACAAGCUGCCGGGCCCGCCUCGCCCCCGGGACCCGGGCGCCCGGGCUCGGCUUGAAGCGGCGGCAGCACCGGCGCGGCCGGGGAAGCAUGGGCAGGAGGAUGAGGGUCGCCGCCGCCAGCGCCGGGCUCUGGCUGCUGUCUCUGGGCUCGCUGCUGGCGUUGUGGGGCGGGCUCCUGCCGCCGCGGACCGAGCUGCUCGCCUCCCGGCCGCCCGAAGACCGACUCCCGCGGCGCCCGGCCCGGGGCGGCAGCCCGAAGCCCGCGCCUCGCUUCCCUCAGCCCCCGCUCCUGGCGCGGGACGCCCGCGGCGGCUCCCUGAAAACUUUCCGGGCGCUGCUCACCUUGGCGGCCGGCGCAGACAGCCCGCCCCGGCGGUCCCCGGGCGAGCGCAGGCGGCACGUGCCAGCCGGCCGGCCCUGGCCGGACGAGAGCGCCGCGGUGCACGGGGGCGUCUUCUGGAGCCGCGGCUUGGAAGAGCACGUGCCCCGGGGCUUCUCUGAGGCCCAGGCGGCGGCGUGGCUGGAGGCGGCGCGCGGCGCCCAGGUGGUGGCCCUAGAGCGCGGGGGCUGCGGACGCAGCUCCAACCGGCUGGCGCGCUUCGCCGACGGCACCCGAGCCUGCGUGCGCUACGGCAUCAACCCGGAGCAGAUACAGGGCGAGGCCUUGUCCUACUACCUGGCGCGUCUGCUGGGCCUCCAGCGCCACGUGCCGCCGUUGGCAUUGGCCCGGGUGGAAGCUCGGGGCGCGCAGUGGGCGCAGGUGCAGGAGGAGCUUCGUUCGGCGCACUGGACGGAGGGCAGCGUGGUAAGCCUGACGCGCUGGCUGCCCAACCUCACGGACGUGGUGGUGCCCGCGCCCUGGCGCUCGGAGGACGGCCAUCUGCGGCCGCUACGCGCAGCCGGGGGCGAGCUGGCCAACCGCAGCCAGGCGGAGCUGGUGGACCUGGUGCAAUGGACCGACUUGAUCCUCUUCGACUACCUGACGGCCAACUUCGACCGGCUUGUCAGCAAUCUCUUCAGCCUGCAGUGGGACCCGCGCGUCAUGCAGCGCGCCACGAGCAACCUGCACCGUGGCCCCGGCGGGGCGCUGGUCUUUCUGGACAACGAGGCGGGCUUGGUGCACGGCUACCGGGUGGCGGGCAUGUGGGACAAGUAUAAUGAGCCACUGCUGCAGUCAGUGUGCGUGUUCCGAGAGCGGACAGCGCGGCGCGUCCUGGAGCUGCACCGCGGCCAGGACGCCGCCGCCCGGCUGCUGCGCCUCUACCAGCACCACGAACCUCGCUUCCCUGAGCUGGCAGCGUUCGCCGACCCCCACGCUCAGCUACUGCAGCGCCGCCUCGACUUCCUCGCCAAGCACAUUUUGCACUGUAAAGCCAAGUACGGCCACCGAGCGGAGACUUAGCAUCACCCGCAGGAAAAGAGAGAGACCCCGGCUGGGGAAUGGAGGAUGGAGGGAAGUGCUGUCGCCUCUGCCACCGCCUGGGACCUGCCGGCCAACGCCCAGCUAAGGGCCUGAGCGCGAAGGCGGCUAAAAACUUAAGGUUCACCCACCUGCCCCUUUCAGUCCCAUGCUGUUUCCUUUCAAAGUUCUGGGAGGAGAACUCACCGAGCCGAGAAGUGUAACAUCCCCUCCACCCAGCCUAUAAAAGGAUUCUUCCCUGUGCCAGCAGGGAGUUUGGAUCCGAAGAAACUGGCUGCCGGAGUUUGGCCCCCCGGUGGCCGUCUCUGUGGGAGCUGUACCUCAUUCCUUGCCCUUCCCCUUCCCCCCAGUCCCUUUCCCAAAAAGGAAAACUUCUAUUUGAGCUGUGAGCUUAAUUCUGCAGUUCCUACCAAACGCAGCGCUGUGGCCCAGAGCAGGGCUGUGACAUUGCCUGGUGGAGCCCCCUUCCUGUGUUCUCCCUUUGUUCCAGCUGGUGAUGGUGAGAUCACUGUUAAGAGCUGGGGAACGGAUCCGGAUAGGACAAAGAGCGCAGGACCUUCAGAACCUGGAGAGUCCUGCAGACCCUGACUGCGUCUGACUUGUUCUUUACCGCUUGUCAUUUUGGCCUGAAGGCUACAAAUGCGGGACUGGCUGUGUGCACAAAUAAUGAAUUUUUCUUCCUCUCCCAACCGACCAAAAUUUUGACAAUGACGAUGUUCAAGGAAAAAAAAAAUCAGUUUCAUGCACUUUACUUUGUUUUUAUUUUAAUUUUGUAUUAAGAAAAACUUUUUUAUUUGACAAAUUUGCCUAGUAUGUAUAUAUGUGCAUAAAGUGCGGUGUAAAUAUACUAAACAAACUUAUAUUUCAAUAAAAGGGAAUUUAAAAUUUAGAAUUUAA